AUGGCUACUUUGGAAGAUAAAAUUCUGGGUGAGAAAUUACAAAAUUAUUGUAGUAGUAGUGAAGAUGAAGGAUCUGACGGAGAAGGCAGUCGUAGUGGUGAUGAAGAAGGCUCAAAUUUACAAAUGAGUUCAGCUCGGGCGGAGCCGCCACCAGUUAAUAACUGGAACGGAUCUGCGACUAACACUGGCCCAAAAGGCGUCCUUGAAGAUUGGAGAAGAUUUAAACAAUUAGAAGCAGAAAAUCGUGACGAAUUAGAAAAAGAGCGUAUUGCUCUUGCUAAAAAGCUUACCUUGUCCGUUAAAACUGUAACAGAAGAGGAGGAGGCCAAAGAAGUUGAUGAAUUGGAAGAAGAAUUAAAUGAGCUUAUAGAUGAAGGAUUUUUAAUGAAAUACCAGCAACAGCGAAUGCAAGAGAUAAUGUCUCAAUUACAAAAAGUACCCAAAUUUGGUAAACUCAUUGCUCUUAACAAUCAGGAGGAAUUUUUAAAUGCUAUUGAUAAGGAGGACACAAAAGUAACAGUAGUUAUACAUAUUUAUAAUCAUGGUGUAAGAGCAUGUGAAAGUAUGGAUGGUUGUUUGAGUUUAUUAGCAACGGAUUAUCCGGCAGUAAAAUUUUGUAGAAUAGCUGCUGAUGUGACUGGAUUAAGUCGAAAUUUUCGUGUAGAAGGUGUUCCUGCCUUGUUAGUUUAUAAAGGAGGUCAAAUGAUUGGUAACUUUGUUCAGCUAGCUUCUGAACUUGGUAAUGAUUUUUUUGCGUCUGAUGUCGAGAAAUUCCUCAUAGAGUAUGGAAUGCUACCUGAAAAU